AUGGAAAUUAAUAAUAUAUUUUAUAUUUUUUUAUUUUUAUACUUAUUAAAUUUUAUUAAUGCUGAAAAGCCACCAAAUGUAUUGACAUGUAAUAAAUCAAAACUUCCUACAACAUGGCUUUGGACUGAAGGUCAUGGUAUUCUAGAUAUUGGUACUGCUGGAAUGACACCUGAUGGACCUGAUUAUUGCAUUGAUUUUAAUAAUACAUCUACAUUUGUACAAAUUCAAUAUCAUAUUGAUUUAUUUAAUACCUCAAAAAAAAUAUCUUAUAUAAAAAAAGAAAAAAUGUCUUUUAUAAAAAAUGAAAAAAUAACUAAAGAUAGUAAUAUAACUAAUUCAUGUAACAAUAAAAAUGAUCAGAUUCAUUAUUGUUUUCCUCUUUGCGUAAAUUCAACAUUACAAGAUAUUGCAACAAAAAAUGCCCUAUUGUAUAGAAGUGCCAGAGAAACAGCAAAAUACAUUUAUAAAGAUAUGAAUGAAAGAAAAAAUUUUGUUGUUACAGUUUUGAAAAUUAGUCUUGAUACAAAAAAUCCAGCAAAACUUUUACAAGAUGUUUUCUUUGAUCCAAAUUAUUGUAGUGUUUAUAUUGGUAUACAAACAAUUGGAUAUCCAUAUUUGUAUGAAAUUCAAAUUGCUAAAAUCUAUAAUUCAAAAAUUAAUUAA